UUCGCUCAGUGCAUGCUCCUCACAGUGCUGGAGAGGUUCCUCCCGGGUAAGGCGGUGCAGCGGCUACAGUCAGCGGGAUGAGCUCUACUUCUGUGCGGCUGCACACGCAGCUGGCGACCGUCAUGGAGUCUCUGGUCCACGCUGCCGUGGAUCAGCUCAGGAAGCUGCUGGAGGAUGAUGCAGACGUUGACCUCCGACUAACGGUCCAGACCAACGGAGCUGAGGAGGAGCAGCGUCUGACGAGCAGAGUUGAGGAGAGGCGAAGGAAGAUGUUGUUGUUUGUCUCCAUCAUGGAGACACUGGGGAACGAGGCUCUGGGCAAGAUUAUGAACAUUAUAGAUGAAGCCGAACUGCAGGGGGCGCUGCACUUUGCAAAGAGUGGCAGCAACCCGCAGACCAGCAUCCUAACUAUCCUCAACAAGACACGAGUUGAGCAGGAGCACUCGUACGGCCUGCCGCAGGAGAGUGAUGAGGUGGACAACGAGAGAAUUCAGACUGCACUGAGAGUCAAACAGGAGCAGGAGGAGAAGGAUGCUCCAUUUGUUAUUACUGUUAAAGAUGAGCAGAGAAAUCCAGACCUGACAUCCGUCGCUGAGAAGGUAGAUGUAGAAACCACUCAGCCUAUCACUCUGGAAGUGCAGGAUGAGGAAGAAUCGCCUGAGUUUGUUCUGCAGAACGAUUCUUGGAAGUUCUUUGUUUGCCCGGACUGUGGAAAGGCUUUCACAUCACAUGGGGACUUGAAGGAGCACUACCGAGUCCACACGGGUGAGAAGCCAUUCUUCUGCAGUGUCUGUGGACGCGCCUUUCGGCUGGAGCAAAGCAUGCUUAGCCACGCCCGCCUGCACUCUGACGAGCGGUCGCACAAGUGCACCGAGUGUGGAAAGACCUUCGCCAAACAGGCACAGCUGAGGACGCACUCCGUGAUCCACACAGGCCAGAAACCACACGGCUGUGACGUCUGCGGUCGACACUUCAGCCUCGCACAGAACUUGCAGCGGCAUGCACUCACACAUACGGGCAAGAAGCUCUUUGUAUGCGGGGUUUGUGGGAAAGGCUUCACUCGUGCCGUCACCCUUAAAAGCCAUGAGCUCAUCCACACUGGACAGAAGCCUUUUAAGUGUGAACACUGUCAUAAGUCUUUCCGACAUGCCAUCAAUCUGAAGAACCAUCAGAGGAUCCACAGUGGCCUGCGGCCCUACAGCUGUGACCUCUGUGGCAAGACCUUCCGCCAAUCCAUAAACCUAAAGGUCCACCGCCGUGUCCACACGGGCGAGAGGCCGUUCAAGUGCCAGGAGUGUGGUAAGACCUUCAGCCAGCAGAGCAGCCUGAUGGCUCACGGCCGCACGCACUCCACCGACAGGCCCUUCUCCUGUGACUGCUGCGACAAGAAGUUCAACAACGCCAACAGUCUGAAGCUGCACCAAAGGGUGCACACCGGCGAGAAGCCAUACACCUGCAAUGACUGCGGCAAGACGUUCAGCCAGGGCAGCCACCUGCGCACACACAAACGUCACGUCCAUGCUGGUGGUAAACAGUACAUCUGUGACAAGUGUGGGAAGACGUACUCAGAUCAACGCAACCUGAAGCUGCACAAAUGCAGCUACGCUUGACAUGUGCACGACAACAGGUCCAGAACAUGCUUGUGGUAUUUGUCUGGACUGACAAAUAUUUGCCAACAUUAUUACAUUAGUUACAAAAAACAGAAUUAAACAAAGAGUUUCAAAGAGGUUUGUAACCUCCCCACAGAUCAUUCAGAUUACACUGGUGGUCAUUUAUUCCAACUGCAAAACAAUUUCUUUUCUAGUUUGACUGACUGAUCUCUGUAAGGAUGGGGUCAUCAUUUUGUUUUCAACCUGAUGUUCAGGCUUUCUGCUCAAAUGGGUUCUUAUGAAAAAUCCAAUAAAUAAGGAUUGAUACUGGAA